AUGAGAACUACUACCAUUAACAAGCCAUUUAUCGACCCUUCUUGUGACCUAAGUGAGGGUAUCACUUACGAUGCCAGAAACCACUCGUUAUCAUGGAUAGAUAUUAACAGAGGUUACAUUUAUCGAACGCUACUCGACUCGCACGACGAACCGGAUGGAAUAAAGUCUUAUAAGAUCGACGAGAACAUAGGCUUGAUGGGAUUAACUAACGACGUCAAUAAAGUCAUAGUGGGUGUCUCCAAGACUAUCGACGUGUUUGAUUUCAGUAAAGGGGCCAUUGUCCACAACUUGGCCAGGUUUCCAAACGGCAACGUUGCAUCCAAUGGCUGGCAGUUGAGGUCGAAUGAUGGCUGUGUGGACGAAAAGGGUAACUUCUGGGUAGGUACUAUGUGUGAUGGUUCUUGUCCUGAAGUGAAGGAUGUAGGAACCCUUUACAGGCUCAACAAAGAUACUCUAAAACUUGAAAUUGUGAUGAAAAAUGUUGGUAUUCCAAACGGACUCGAGUGGCAUGACGGCUACAUGUAUUGGGCAAGUUCCAUGGAACAUAUCAUUUACAAAUUCAAGAUGAACAACAGUACUGGUCUCCCUGAUUUGGCUAGCAAGCAACCUUUUGUAAAUAUGGCCGAUGCUUUCAAGAAUCACAGCAAUAAAUCUUACACUUUAGGAGAACCGGACGGAUUUUCCAUGGAUACUGAAGGAAACAUCUAUUCUGCUGUUUGGGGAACCAAUAGAGUCAUCAAGAUCAACAGUGACGGCAAAGUGGUUGAAGAAUUCGUGUUCCCAGCUAAGAGAAUUAGCUGUACUACGAUUGGAGGUUCCAAGAUGAACACAAUGUAUGUGACAAGUGGAGCAGACCACGAUUCAGAUGCAUCUCCAGAUGAUCAGGGCAGUAAAAUCUUCAGAGUUCAAUUGGACGAUCAAAUUAAAGGUAUAGAAAAGAGAAGAUGGCAAGGUCCAUUGAAUUGA